AGAAGAUCCAGCUGAGAGAGCUGUUUACUGGGUGCUUUGUGCUGAACUGUUUGACUGGAGCUGUGUGUUGGAUAUUGAGUGUGUUUAUUGGAAGCAUUUCCCUUCUGAUUUACAGGCUGAGUUUUGUUGAUGGGUCAUUACUGAAUAUGAGAAGAAGGAUUGCAUCGUACUACACCAGAGAAUACAGAGAGAUACACACCACAGAUAGAUCCUGACCAUCACCCAAGGAACAACUACACAACUGUGGGAAGACAUCCAGUCCCUUCACAGCAUUGCUCAACACAGAAAAGGUUGGGCAGUAAAACCAUCAUCUGGAAAUCAGUCGGGUCAGGGGAGCUUUGACAAAUCAUCAGAUCUGAAACUGGUCAGUGGUGUGGAACCUUCCAUCAUAAGCAACCUUUCCAAAGGUUCAGCUGUGGGCGAUCGGUCAGGGUGAGGCUGGGAAGAAGUGUGAGCAGCCCCAAGUGUGAUGAGAGCUUCAAUCAUUUAUCGAGCCUUAUGAAUCACUGACUCAUUCCUACAGGCGAGAGGCUGUUCAAGUGUGAGGUAUGUGAGGGGGAUCCACAGACUCACAUGCACUGCCAAAAGAGGGUUCAUCUAUUGUAGAACUGUUAAAACAAGGACAGCAACAUGGAUGGGAAGUGAUCCACGUGCGAGUUUUGUGUCAAAGCUUUUGUGAUGUCUUCGAGCCUCCUGACACACCAGAGGAUUCACACAGGAGGGAAACUAUUCAGAUGUGAGGUGUGUGACAAAUCGUUCUCCAAGUCAUGGAGCCUUCUCGUGCACCAACGCAGUCACACAGGGGAGAAACCAUUCACGUGUGAGGUGUGCAACAAAUCAUUCUCACAGUCAUCGGCCCUCCAUGUGCACCAACGCAGUCACACAGGGGAGAAGCCAUUCAGGUGCGAAGUGUGUGACAAAUCAUUCUCUAACUCAUCACACCUCCGGGUACACCAAUAUAUUCACACUGGCAAAAAACCGUUCAUGUGCAAGGUAUGCAACAAAUCGUUCUCAAUGUCAUGGGCACUGCUCAACCACCAACGUACUCACACAGGGGAGAAACCAUUCACGUGCGGGAUUUGCAAGAAAUCAUUUUCGCGUAAAACAACCCUCCUUGAACACCAAUACAUUCACACCGGGGAGAAGCCUUACACGUGUGAAGUGUGCAACAAAUCAUUCUCAUACCCAUCGAUUCUCCGUGUACACCGGCGCAUUCACACAGGGGAGAAACCGUACAAGUGCGAAAUGUGUGACAAAUCAUUCUCACAGUCAGGAAAGCUCAGGACACACCAGCGGAUUCACACAGGGGAGAAACCAUUCAGGUGUGAGGUUUGUGAGAAGGCUUUCACCUGCUCCUCUGAUCUCCUGAUGCACCAGAGGAUUCACACAGGCGAGAAACCCUUCAAAUGUGAGGUGUGUAACAGAUCAUUCUCAAAGUCAUCAAACCUCCUCCAACACCAACACAUUCACACAGGGGAGAAGCCAUUCACGUGCGGGUUAUGCAACAAAUCAUUCUCGUGGUCAACGACUCUCCUCGAACACCAAUACAUUCACACCGGGGAGAAACCAUACACCUGUGAAGUGUGCAACAAAUCAUUCUCCAUCUCAUCGACUCUCCUCGUACACCGACGCAUUCACACAGGGGAGAAACCAUUCACGUGUGAGGUGUGUCACAAAUCAUUCUCAAAGUCUUCAAACCUCAGGAAACACAAACGCAUUCACACAGGGGAGAAACCAUUCAGGUGUGAGGUUUGUGAGAAAGCUUUCACCCAAUCAUCUGAUCUUCUUAUACACCAGAGAGUACACACAGGGGAGAAACCCUUCAGGUGUGAGGUGUGCAACAAAUCCUUCUCAAAGUCAUCAAUCCUCAUUGAACACCAACGCAGUCACACAGGGGAGAAACCAUUCACAUGCGAGCAGUGUGACAGAUCAUUCUCACAGUUAUCGAACCUCCGCAGGCACCAACGCAUUCACACUGGGGAGAAACUGUUCAAGUGUGGGGUGUGUGACAAAUCAUUCUCAAACUCAUCGUCCCUCCGAACACACCAACGCAUUCACAAACAAGAGAAACCGUUCGCGUGCGAGGUGUGUGACAAAUCAUUUUCGGGGUCAUCAAGCUUCCGCAGACAUAAACGCAUUCACACCAGCCUGAAGCCAUUUAAGUGUGAGGUGUGUGACAAAUCAUUCUUAUGUUUAUCUGCCCUCAGCGCACACCAACGCAUUCACACAGGGGAGAAACCAUUCAGGUGUGAUGUUUGUGAGGUGGCUUUCAUCCACUCCUCCGAUCUCCUGAUCCACAAGAGGAUUCACACAGGGGAGAAACCAUUCACAUGCGAGGUUUGCAGCAAGUCUUUCUCACGGUCAUCGAGCCUCCAUGCACACGAACGUAUUCACAUUGGAGAGAAACCAUUCAUGUGCCAAAUGUGCAACAAAUCGUUCUCAGCCUCAUCAACCCUUCGAGUACACCAACGCAUUCACACAGGGGAGAAACCCUUCAUGUGUGAGGUAUGCAACAAAUCAUUCUCACGGUCAACCACACUCCGCAAACACCAGUACAUUCACACAGGGAAGAAACCAUUCAUGUGCAAGUUGUGCAACAAAUCAUUCUCGGCCUCAUCAGCCCUCCGUAUACACCAACGUAAUCACACUGGAGAGAAACCAUUUGUGUGCGAGGUGUGCAACAAAUCAUUCUCAGACUUAGCAAUCCUCCGCGCACACAAACGCAUUCACACCGGGGAGAAACCAUUUACAUGCAAGAUAUGUAAUAAAUUAUUUUCACGGUCAUCAAACCUCAUUGCACACAAACGCAUUCACACCGGGGAAAAACCAUUCACGUGUGAGCUGUGUGAUAAAUCAUACUCCUGGUCAUCAGCCCUCCGUGCACACCAGCGUAUUCAUACAGGUGAGAAACCGUUCACAUGUGAGCUGUGUAAUAAAUCCUUCUCGGACUCAUCGGCCCUCUGUGCACAUCAACGCAUUCACACAGGGGAGAAACCAUUCACUUGUGAGGUAUGCAACAAAUCAUUCUCGUGGUCGUCAGCACUCCAUGCACACCAACGCAUUCACACAGGAGAGAAACCCUUCAGGUGUGAAGUUUGUGAGACUGCAUUCACCUAUUUCUCCGAUCUCCUAACACACCAGAGGAUUCACACAGGCGAGAAACCAUUCACGUGCGAGGUGUGUGACAAGUCAUUCUCACGGUCAUCGAACCUGCGUGUACACCAACGCAUUCACACAGGGGAGAAACCAUUCACAUGUGAGGUGUGUGACAAAUCAUUCUCACAGUCAUCAAAACUCCUGCUCCAUCAGAGAAUUCACACAGGGGAUAAACCACUCACAUGCAAGGUUUGUGCCAAACCAUUCUCGGAGCCAUCAAACCUCCGCAGACACCAACACAUUCACACAGGGGAAAAACCAUUCAGGUGUGAGGUGUGUGACAAAUCGUUCCUGCAGUCAUCGAAACUCCUGCUCCAUCAGAGGAUCCAUAUAGUGGAGUAACACUUGAUGUGUGAGGUUUGUGAGAAAUCUUUUGUGACACUUUCAAUCCAACUGGAACACUAGCAGCUCUACACUGAUGGGAAACCAUUCAGGUGUGAGGUGUGUAACAAGGCUUUCACACAGUCAGCGUAUCUCCUGGUCCAUCUACACACACACAGGGGAGAAAUCCUAUCGGUGUAAGUUCUGUAAUAAAGCCAUCACACAGUUGUCAGACCUCCUGGAACAUCAGGUGAACCCUCACAGAAGACAAACCUUUUCAGUGUGACAUGUGACAGGAUUGUUUCACCUACUCCUCUCUCGCCAUAUAACGACGUCUCCACACGGACUUGGAGCCGGGUCACCUGCUUCCGUUACACUGAGAGUUGUCUGUUGUUUACCCUCCAGUGCUCGCACAGGGGAACUUUCGUUCUAAAGCAUUGUCUGUCUCAGCAGUGUCUGUCCCAAACCUCUCCCACCAUCAGUCCAAUUGGUUCAACAAGGCCAUUUUAACCUUUGACCAGAUCAUCAAACAUCACUGAUGAAGGCAUCAAUAUGCAUAGAAGCUCCUGUCCCAUAGAAACUCAGCAUCCUUUCAGUGCAGCAUCAGGUACAAGUCACUCAUUGACUCUCACUUUGACCAAGAAGGCAAUCAGGUGGUUAGAAAGGUUUCAGCUUCUCAUCUACCACAUAUAUAUUUCUAUCAUCUCUGCUUUGUGCUCCAACGAUUGGAUAUCCAAGAAACUUCAUCACAAUCCUGCAAUUGCUUCAUGAUGAUGUGACUGCAACUGUUUUGAGUAGGAGAUCUGAAACAGAAGCCUUCAAAAUCCAGACUGGUGUCAAGCAAGGCUGUGUGAUAGCCCCCAUUCUAUUUACAAUCCACCUAACAGUGGCUAUUCACCUCAUCAAAGAUCAACUGUCCUCUGGUGUCAGUAUUAAAUACCAUCUAGAUGGGAACUCAUUUACCUCGGUCACCUCUGUGCCAAAACUAAACUGACCACCAAAGAUACACAUGAUCUACAAUUUGCAACUGACUGCAGUGUCGUUGUCCACUCUGUAACCGGUCUGCAAACAACUCCCGAUCUCUUCAAUUCUGCAUGUGUUUGUAUGAUGGAAACGAGCUCCAUCCUGUGCCAGUAAAGCUCAGUGUCAUUUUUGACCAUCAGAAUUCGGAGCCAGACUAAAGCACAGGGAUUUUAAAGAAACUUCUGUCUGUAGUAUUCUGAGAGAGUGUCCCCUGAUGUGAGUGUGUGUGUUAGUAAAGUGAGCCAGCUCUCAGGAGUGGGUAUGGGGUAGAAUCAGAUCCUGCUUUAGUUGGUGAUGUGAAUUAUAGACAGAUCCUCUUCAGGUGAUAGGUGUUUGACUAAUUCCAUGGGGAAUGUUUGUACUCCCCUGUCUGGGAGGACUACUAUCCUGAAUAUGGUGAGGGAGUGCGGUGAGUCUCUACAGAACUGCGUUCCCUUAUCCCAUCAAACCUCGAUGUAAUAACAGUGUGAUAUAAUCACCUUACACUCUUCCAAGAUUCAUUUCAUAUUCUGGGAAAGAUCUUGAGUCAUUUUCAAAUGCUUUGUUAUUUUGAUUGACUCAAAGUUUGGUGUGAGCUGAAUAUUGUGUUUGUCUUCUGUAUUGUUUUUAUAACUCAAUAAAUUAUUUUCUUA